AUGGAUAUAAGUUGUUGCGGCGAUUACUCUGAUGUUUCCCCGGUAGCGGAAAUGGCAACGGAGAGCGAAUGGUUCGCAUUGAGGCUUCUAUGCGUCGUCUUCUUCUUCUUCGGUUCGGUUUUAUUAUUGUGUUACUUCCUAUACCCUAAACUGCCAAAGGCGGUAUCCGGAGAUGAGGAAUCCGGCGAGCCGCUUUCACCGGCGAUGAUACUCGGGAAGAUAGGCGGCGGCGGGAUCACGAUGGAUGUUUGCGUGAUAUGUUUGGAGGAUUUCCAAAAAACCGACGUCGUUAGGGUUUUGGUUACAUGCAGGCACGUGUUUCACGUGCAAUGUAUAGAUUCUUGGUGUUUGUAUAAGUUGGCGUGUCCGGUUUGUAGAGCUCCGUUCCGGUUAUUCGGUGAAUGGUGA